AUGGGGACCACCAGCAAGAUGGUCAACUUCUGGAACAGGAGACAGAGUCUGUUCCCCAACUACAAAGUCACCGAUUCAGACAUUAAUCGAAGACCUUCUGAGACUGCUUAUCCACUAGCCAAGGAAAGCUGCGUGAAGACAUGGAACUCCAUGCAGGAGCUGAGCAGGGACAUCUACGACAUUUACGCCGAGUACGAGGAUGAAGAGGAUGAAAAUGGUCCGUCAGGCUUCAACAAGCAGAAUUCACCCCCCAAGAAGAACUACAUGAUCAACAUCAAUGUAGGGGGGAAGCCAUACCAGAUACCGUACAAGACGGCUGCCAAGUAUCCCAAGACCAGAAUAGGGCGACUUGCCACCUACACGGACCACAACAUGAAGCUGGACCUGUGCGAUGACUACGCUGUGACCAACAACGAGUACUUCUUUGACAGAGACCCAGAUGUCUUCCACAGCAUCUUCAACUUCUACAGGACUGGCGUGCUGUGGAUCAAGGACGAGUUGUGUCCCCGCAACUUCCUGGAAGAGAUCAACUACUGGGGCGUGAGGAUCAAGAACACCCACCGCUGCUGCCGCAUCUCCUUCGAGGAGAGGCAGGACGAGCUGAACGACCAGCUGAAGAUUCAGAGGGAGCUGGAGGCAGAGGUGGAGAUCGAGGAGAAUGAAGAGCUCUUUCAAGACAUGUUCAUGGGCCAUAAGCGCAGAGCCAUCUGGAACUUAAUGGAGAAGCCGUUUUCGUCAAUUGAGGCCAAGCUGAUGGCGGUGGCCUCCAGCCUGUUUGUCCUGAUCUCUCUGGUGGCCAUGACUCUCAACACGGUGGAGGAGAUGCAAUACAGGACUCCUACAGGUCAGCUCAGUGGUAAGACAUACUGGGAAUACGUGGAGUCCGUUUGCAUCGCCUUCUUCACCACGGAGUACCUGCUCCGUCUGGUGUCCACUCCUGAUCUCAAAUCCUUCGGCAGGAGUGUGCUCAACACCGUGGACCUGAUCGCCAUCCUGCCUCAGUAUGUGCAGGCCAUCCUGGAGUUCUUUGACAACGAGGAGAACUACAUGAAGCACGAGGCCGACAUGCAGGCGGUGGGGCAGGUGGGAAAGCUGGGUCAGGUGUUGCGGAUCAUGAGACUGAUGCGAAUCUUUCGUAUCUUAAAGCUGGCGCGACACUCCACGGGUCUGCGUGCGUUUGGCUUCACUCUGCGUCAGUGCUACCAACAAGUGGGCUGCCUCUUCCUCUUCAUCGCCAUGGGCAUCUUCAGCUUCUCUGCCAUGGUGUACACUGUGGAGCACGACAUGCCGCAAACAAACUUCACCAGCAUUCCUCAUGCAUGGUGGUGGGCAGCGGUCAGCAUCUCCACUGUGGGCUAUGGAGACGUCUUCCCAGAGACCAUACUGGGCCGUAUUUUCGCUUUCAUCUGCAUCUCUUUUGGAAUCAUCCUCAACGGUCUGCCCAUAUCCAUCCUCUUCAACAAGUUCUCAGAUUAUUACUCUAAACUCAAGUCCAACCAGUACACAUCCGCCGUGAAGAAACGAGGGAGGAUGAGAUUUUACAAGAGGACAGUGAAGAAACUCAACCACUGCUUUGGAGACAACCACUGUCCUGGACACUGAUUUAUAAUGUGACUUUUUUUAUAAAGAAAUAACAUGCUUACCUCUAACAGGAGGGUUCAAUACAAAGUAGUGGCACAUCUGGUACAUCUUUCCAGUAAAUUGGCAGCUUUUGUGGUUGGGAAACCGGUGAGGGAUCACACACAAUGCUAUCUUCGCCAUCUCCAAGCCAGUUAGCAGUGACAAGGACAGCACAGUUCAGGGGGUAAAUUUUCCACACUAUGUGGGGAGAACAAGGGGCAGAAAAUCAAGCAGGAUGACUGCCUGAUCUUAUAAAAUAUUUGCUUUUGUAUACAUAUAACCAUAUUUUUGUUACUAAAUAGUCAGAAGCAUAAAAAGAAACAGCAUUUUUAAAAAUACAAACAUGAGAAAAAAAAGGAAAGUUUAG